ACUACCGUCGUCAUCCUCCCCGCUGACGAGGGAGCGCAGCCGGCCGGCAAAGCUCGCGACACCCCGCCCCCUCCGCCGCAUUUAGCGCUAGCAGCGUCAGUACGACCAGAAGACUGACAACCACGACCAGCAGGGAGGAAAAAAAACAGGCCCUUGGAGGAAUGACUCUGUCGUUUACGCCAGCGAGUUAAUGACAUUUUAAAACGUUACGCGCUGAACCUUUUUCGCCGAAGCCGCCACUGAGCAUCCUAAAGCCGGAAAGCAAGAAUGACACAGAAAACGAAAGUGAAGCCUUGGGCCGAGCUCAAGCAAGCCGGCAAUGAAUGCUUUAAGGCGGGCCAGUACGGAGAGGCCACCCGCUACUACAGCCAGGCCAUCGGCGAGCUACACAAGUCUAAUCCAAAGAAUGUGGAGGAUUUGAGCGUGUUGCACUCAAACCGCGCCGCCAGCUACCUCAAAGAAGGAAACUGUGCAGAAUGUUUCAAGGACUGCAACAUUUCUCUGGAGUUGGUACCGUUCAACGUGAAGUCGUUGCUGCGCCGGGCCGCCGCCUCAGAGGCUCAGGAGCGUUACCGGCAGGCCUACGUGGACUACAAGACCGCACUGCAGCUGGACGCACACAUUGUGGCGGCGCACGACGGAGCAAACAGGAUGACAAAAGCGCUGACGGAGGCAGACGGUCCGGCGUGGCGAGAGAAGCUCCCCACCAUCCCCGUCGUGCCUCUGGCUGUCCGAGAGAAGCUCAGACGAACGGCCGGGACCGCGCCGCCGCAGCACAACGGCGCCGCGCAGAACCACAAUCUAGCGGGCGAGGAUGUACAGCGAGCCAAGUUGCUCAAGGAGGAAGGAAACGCACUGGUAAAGAAAGGGGAGCACGCCCGGGCCGCUGACAAAUAUACACAGAGCCUCCUCCACCAUGCCAAAGAGGCUGCCACCUUCACCAACCGGGCGUUGUGCUACCUGGCGCUGAAGCGCUACCGCGAUGCAGCCACUGACUGUGAUGCAGCGCUCGCCAUUGACGGCGCCAACAUCAAGGCACUCUACCGACGGGCGCAGGCGCAUAAGGAGCUCAAGGACGUGAAAAGUUGCGUCCGAGACCUCAACAAGCUCCUGGAGGUGGAGCCGAACAACACUGCCGCCAUCAAGAUGCUACAGGAAGUACAAUUACAACAACAGAAACAACCACCACCUCCGCAGGAGAAAAAGAAGAAGUCCAAGACCAAGAAGAAGUGACCACCUGACGCGCAUUUGUUCGGGAACAAAAGUGGGCGGAGUUAGGUCCACAAAGACAACCAAUCAUGAAGCAGUCCGCUCCGUCAAUGUCACUACCGGCGCCACCCAUCUUUUUGACCCAAGUGCCUGAAACCUCCUCCAUCGCUGGCGUCUUUGAGCUUUUUCAUUAGUUGUCCUCAGUUCAUAUAGUCUUUGAUCUUCAUUGGUCGUGUCAUAAGUCACAUGUGGGCCAUCUGUCAUUUUUUUUUUAAAUCGUCCUUCGUUGGCGCCAUCUUUUAUGCCGUGUCUUCGAGCUCGAUGUCAUGGAUCUACUUUCGCCCCAGCCUUUUUUUUUUUCUCCAUUGAUCUCCCUUCAUCACGUCUUUGGUCAGCGCUGCUUUCAUUUGGAUCCACUUAAUCUUGUCAUGUCCUUGCUUCAUUGGUCUCAUUCAAUUUAGUCUUUUGCUGUUUAAGUCUCCUUGUCGUGUGUUUAGGGAUGUCUAAUCUCUUCAAAGGUCACGUUCAUCGCAUCUUUGAUAUUGUUGCCUGUGAUCACACCUUUGUCGGGCAUUUUUUCCAUCUAAUCCCAUCUUCGAUCUUGGAUGUUCUUCCUUCCAGGUAAAUGUGACACCAGUUAUCACGCAAAAUGUUUCUUUGUCCCCCGGCAGACUAAAACGCAGCCUUCCGAUUGGCCCGCAGAAGCAUCUUCAAACUCUUCAGAACCUACUCAUUUUGGAACUGAUGAUUGUGAUAAUGUAGUGUGUUGGCAAAAAUAAAUAAAUAAAAUAAAAUCACA